AUGCGCUUCACUAUCAUUUCCGUCCUGUUUUCCGCCAGUGCUGGCAUGGUGUCUGCACUUUCCUCUGAGGGUGCUCUUGUCGCGCCAAUUACGGCAGCUCCUUUGAGCAAUGAGUCCGAGACCUCCAACUGUGUUGGCUCGCUGCUUUGCUGCGGCUCCCUGACCACUUCCCUGGACCACAUCGUCGACCCAAUCUUGGAGGACCUCGGUAUCGCCGCUUCUGCCAUUGUUGGUUCUGUUGGCCUAUUAUGCGACCCCUAUGAGGCCAGUACCUGCACUUCUGCUCCCCAGUGCUGCACUGAGGCUAAUCUUCUGGUACCUUCCGUGACCACAUUUACUCACAUCAACGGUUAA